AUGACCCAAAUAGGGUACCGAUUUAGUGUGCACCGUGAUUUAAUCGCAUCUCAUUUCAGUAUUCAAGGAAGCAGUGUGUUUACAAUCACUGACAGUAACAUUUUAAGCUGUACCCUCGGGGAUAUCAUACUGUCUUCUUACACUGUAGUUGUAAGAGCUAACCAGGAUAAUAAUGUUCCGACAGAUAUAACAUUGACUAUCACUGUAACAGGCCUUUCAUCGGGGUCAGAAGAAAUUGGAGAUCAAACAACAUUUAUCAUAGUUGUAGUCAUAUCUUCAAUUUGCGUUUCAUCAAUUGUUGUUCUUGCUACUGUAUGUUGCUGUCUAAGGUAUAGAAGGGAACUGAAAAAGACUAAAUUGGACGCUUCAAAUGUACUUGGUAAGAUGCAAAACACUAAGGAAGUUAAAACCGUAUCAAAAGAAAUGAAAGAAGAACACUUCGACGAGAUUGUUUACGAAGAAAUAAAGGACAAUACAGAAGCCGACGUUGCUGACUACGAAAAUCAUGUUCCAGAUGUUGAGCUACCUAAGGAUGUCGAUGGUUAUUUGAAAUUUGCUGACAAUGAUGAGACAGUUGGUUAUUCCAAAUUGAAACACACGAAAACUGAUGAUGAUUAUACCAAAUUGUCUGGAUGCGAAUCUUGAAGAACAAUUGACUACAUUAAUCGCUCUACUAGUAUAUUUAAAAUGUCAUUGCCUAUGACUAUUGACUCAUAUAUUUUGAAUAUAGACAAUAAUUAAAAGAAAUCAUUAAAUAAUGUUAUUAUUGACUUUAAAAAAUGUAUAUAGUGCAUUGCAAUACUUAUUCUUUUUAAA